AGAAAGCGAGAGAACAACAAUGCUGGAUGGGGUAAAUGACGUCUUAACACCAUGGACGCCAUCCCGCAUUCUGCGCAUCAUGGAGGCAGCCUCUGCCGCACGUUCAAUGAACAGAAGCGGUAGCGAUCGGGCUCUGUCAGGGUCCACAGACGAAGGAGCCAUGGCGAUGGAGAGUCUCUUGCGUCUGUCAAAUCAACAGCCUGACGUAGCGGCUCGGGUGAUGGCAGCUCCCUUGUUUGCUCAGCGACCCCUUGUCGAGGCGACGGACUCUGCUUCAAACGCUGCGUUGUCGUCGUCGUCUGUGCCCUACGCAGACGCUCAUCGCAUGUGCACCCACACGUUGGAGUUGUGCCGGGCGGGGUGGAAGGAUGCAGAGGCUACGAAAACAAAGGAGGAAGACGAGAAAAAACAGGUGGGCCAACUACCAGCAUCUCUGCCCCCCUCACCAAAGCCCGCGGUGCUGCCUGUGAGUGCGUCUCCUUACGCGACGGAAACCGAGUUGGAAGAGAUGGCUUUCGCCGCCGAGUUUGCCGAGCCGUGCCUGCGCGGUGCGUUUCCGGAUGUGGGCGCUGUUGUGCGUCACAGCCUACCGGCCGGCUGCGCUUCGCUGCUGCGCUGUUCCCGUGACGACGGCGCAGAAGACAGAAGUGGUGCGAAAAGCACAAACGCGGUUCAACGCGUCGUACAUUCGCUUUUGCAGGAACCUGCGGUGUCUCACAGAAAGCCCUCGGGUGAGGACGAGGUGCCAAUAUCGGGGUCUUCCGCGUCUAUCUGCCUGAACAUGACGCGGCCAACGUCUGCUGCGCCUUCACACGCGCUGCUCUGGUCGUCUCUCCCUCUCCCUUCUGCGGUGCCUAUCGAGGCGUACGGGCCUCCAUCACACAAGGUGUUUGACAGCACCUCUGUCGCCCACUCGUUUACCGAGGCGGAGGUGAACGACCUUCACGGAUUUCUCGCUGUCACACCUCGCCCAUUCCAGGUGUACUGCAAGUCCGAGUUGAAGGCGCGACGCCGCCAAGCAAGUCACUACCAGCGCCGCAACGCGAUGCUGUCUGCCGGGGCGGGAGCGGCUCCCAUUGUCGGUCCGCAGAGCAUCACCGCAGGCACCUCUACCUUGCACGCAGCGCGACAGCGCAGUCACGCGCACGUGUCUCGCGACGCAGACGAUGAGCAGGACGGGUGGUCCGCAUCGUCGGGGUGGAGCAGCAGCUGCAGCAACAGUACCGAGCACAACGGUGAAAGUGACGGGGAGGAGAAGGGCGACGACGCCGAAGGCGGGAAAGGCCCGGAGGCGUCUGCGCGCCGGGAUGACGCGACGGCGCUGCCGCGUCUCACCGCCGUGGAGGAAGAGGGGAUGCCAGCAGUGGACCAAAGCGCCGCGCCGACGCCACCGCUGCCCAAUCGUACCUGGAUCGAGGACGAUGGCGAGUUGGUGCUGGAGAACGGGAAAAUUUUGUUACGAAAACGUAAGCUGCGUGUGCUGCGAAACCCGCCACCUCUGCUCCCGUUACCGACGAUGGUGCGUGGCCCCGUGCUGAGGCAGCCCAGCCAUACGGCAUUCGCCUCCGAGGCUGCGGUGGUGAGCGUGGAGGAAGAACAAACCGGUGCGCCGGUGCAGAAGAAGGAAGGCAGCUCCAAAGGAGAGCGCAAAAUGGAGGAUGUCAGCGGUUUAAAGGAGGAGGUGGAAGAACAGCCACCGGCAACUCGAAGGAGGGGCGCAGUCGCCAAGCGAGAGCGCGCUCUGGCGGACGACGGCGACGAGAGUGCACCGCCCACGACGGCGAAGUCGCGCAGAGGCGCCAAGCACGCCAAUACAAAGAAAAGCACGAGCAAGAGGAACACCUCCGCAGAUGAAAAGUCGUCAUCGCCGACGCUGCUCAACACGGCGAACGCGCCGCGCUUGUCGGAGAGUGAAAUGCUGGGCUUUGUCGAGCGUCUCUCCAUUUCGGACCUUCUCCGGAAGGCGCUGCUCAUUGGCGUGCAAGAUCCUUCUGCUUCCGAAAAAGAGGAAUCGAGAGAGACGAGAGAGGACAAUCCCAGCAGCAGUGCCAGCGAAAAGUAG